CCCAGAAGCCUCUCUCUCCGCCCAGCAAGCAGCAUGCUCUGCCAGCUCCUCGCAGUCUCCGCCGUCGGCUUCAUGGCUCCCGCCGUCAGCCGAGUGGGCACCUCGCGCGUUGCUGCGGCGCCCGUGAUGUCUGCCGUCGAUGAGGUGAUGGACAAGCUCAAGUCGAUGACCCUGCUGGAGGCGGCGGAGCUCGUGAAGGCGAUCGAGGAGACCUUCGACGUCGACGCCUCGGCCGCCGCCGGUGGCGGCAUGAUGAUGGCGAUGCCGGCGGGCGGCGCGGCGGGCGGCGAGGCGGGCGCUGCGGCUGCUGAGGAGAAGACGGAGUUUGACCUGGUGCUUGACUCGUUCCCGGCGGACAAGAAGAUCGCGGUGCUCAAGGUUGUGCGCGAGCUGACGGGCCUCGGCCUGAAGGAGGCGAAGGAGAAGGUCGAGAGCGCGCCGUGCCCGAUCAAGGAGGGCGCGCCCAAGGCGGAGUGCGAGGAGGCCGUCAAGAAGCUCGAGGAGCUCGGCGCCAAGGCGGUGCUCAAGUAGAGCGCCACCGACCUCUAUUUUCACCUUUAGCCCCUCACCGGGUCACCGCCUGGCGACGCGUGCUCUUGACAGUCACGUGAGUCCGGCGCUGACUGCUUUGCUGCCUCUGCUUGCGUGUGCGUGAGUUACGAUACCACGAGUAUAUUUGGGCCAACUCUUCCAGUCGCACAGCGCUCAAAAGA